AUGCUUGCACUCCGCUCUACUUUGCGUGCACAGAUCCGCACCGCCGCGCCGUUCACUGCGCGCGCGACGCUCACUACAUCGAUCCCGCGUCUGUCUCCAGCGAAGACUGGCGAGUACGAAAACAUCAUUGUGUCAACCCCGCAGGACGGCGUGCGCCUUGUCCAGCUGAACCGCCCCAAGGCGCUCAACGCGCUCAACUCGAGCCUUUUUCACGAGCUGAAUCAUGCUGCGAAGGAGGCCGACAAUGAGUCUUCGAUAAACGCGAUCGUCAUCACCGGCUCCGACAAGGCGUUUGCCGCGGGCGCCGAUAUCAAGGAAAUGCGCAACAUGACGUAUGCGCAGGCCUACAAGACCAACUUCCUCGGACACUGGUCAGAGCUGACGCAGGUGCGUAAGCCGAUUAUUGCCGCUGUGAGUGGGUACGCUCUUGGUGGUGGUGCUGAGCUCGCAAUGAUGACAGACAUUAUUCUUGCUGCUCCCACCGCCGUCUUUGGCCAGCCCGAGAUCAACUUGGGUGUGAUCCCUGGUGCAGGCGGAACACAGCGUCUUACCCGCGCGAUUGGCAAGAGCCGUGCGAUGGAGAUGGUGCUUUCUGGGCGCAACAUGAGUGCCGACGAGGCAGAGCGCGCUGGACUUGUCUCGCGUGUUGUCCGCGAAGGCAGUGUUGUUGACGAGGCGAUCAAAGUCGCCGCGACUAUUGGCAAGAAGAGCCAGGUCGCCGUGCAGGCCGGUAAAGAGGGCGUGAAUGCUGCGUACGAGAUGACGCUCCAGGAGGGCGUGCGUUUUGAGCGCCGCCUCUUCCAGAGCCUCUUUUCUACUCACGACCAAAAAGAAGGAAUGGGUGCGUUUGCCGAAAAGCGCAAGCCUGCUUUCAAGAAUGAGUAG